AUGACGUCUCAGCGCAGCCAUGGUCUCUCCCCGGCUUCCAUUGAGACCAUUGCAGGCUUGUCUGCCGGCCUCAUCUCCACCGUGAUCGUCCACCCUUUGGAUAUCAUCAAAACGAGGUUGCAAGUCGACACUUCUGCCCACCCGCUCCUGAAUUCCUCUCGAGCCGUUCUUCGAGACAUUUUGCGAAAUGAAGGCCCCAGCCGGCUGGCCGCACUGUAUCGCGGCCUAAGUCCCAAUCUGGUGGGUAAUUCUGCUGGCUGGGCUUUGUACUUCUUGUGGUACCGUGAAGCUCAAGAGGUCAUCCGAAACCUUCGAGGCUAUUCUCCUGGUCAACAGCUCACAGCGGUCGAUUACCUGACGGCCUCUUCUGCUUCCGGCCUUCUCGCUGCGGUCCUCACGAAUCCAAUCUGGGUGGUCAAGACGCGGAUGCUUUCAACCUCCGCCUCCCAAAGGGGUGCAUAUCCGGGCCUGAUAUACGGGUUGCGCGCAAUAUACAAAACAGAAGGAGUCCGUGGUUUCUUCCAUGGUCUGACCCCAACGCUAGUCGGCGUCAGUCAUGGCUCGCUGUAUUUUGUGGCGUACGAAAAGCUCAAAUUACGGCGUAAAAUGUCCAAGAGAGACAGGCCACUCUCGAAUCUAGAUACCAUCAUGGCUUCCUCAUUGUCAAAGGUCUUCGCCGGGACCGUGACAUAUCCCCAUCAACUGGUGCGGGCUCGGCUGCAGACAUACAAUCCGAGUGCCACCACCCAUGUGCCGGGCCCAGGUGUCGUUGCCUUGAUCAACCAGAUUUGGCGCCACGAAGGCUUCGUGGGCUAUUACAAAGGUCUUUUUCCCAACCUCCUGCGCGUUGUCCCUAGCACGUGUGUCACUUUCCUGGUGUAUGAGAACACUCGAUGGGCUUUGCCAAGGAUAUUUGGGAAUGUGGAGGAAGACCCUGCUCUGGGAACGGGGGUGGCGCGGAAAGGGGAGAGGCCCUUGUAA